AUGCAGCACAAGGACCCAUCCUUCCUUGUGAUCCUUUGGUCUGGGGAUUUCCUGAACCUGAUGUUUAUCUUGGAAAUCCCGGUAGACGUGCUUUCCGAGUACGCGUCUAAGCUGUCCUCAGGGUCUUUUUGCAUCCCAACAGCCCUUGACUGGCCCGGGCGCUGCCUGCCGGCCCUGUGCUGCCUCGCGGCGACUCUCCUGCCCGCGGCCCUGGGUGCCAACGGAGAAGUCUGUGACUGCAACGGGAUGUCCAGGCAGUGUGUCUUCGACUGGCACCUCCUGAGGGAGACGGGAAACGGAUACCGCUGCCUCGGCUGCCUGGGCAACACGGAGGGUGCCCGCUGCGAGCGCUGCAAGGAGGGCUUCUUCCGACAGCGGGAGGACGACUGCUGCCUGCCCUGCCGCUGCCACCAGCAGGGUGCCCUCAGCCCGCAGUGCGACAGCGACGGCCGCUGCAGCUGCAAACCCGGCGUGAUGGGCGAGAAGUGCGACCAGUGCCAGCCGGGCUUCGAGUCUCUCUCCGAGGCCGGGUGCCGGCGGAGCGGGCAGAGCCUGCAGUGCGAGUGUCACCCGGCUGGCAGCGCGGGGGGCUGCCUCUCCGGCCGCUGUGUCUGCAAAGCGAGUGCUACCGGGGAGCGGUGCGACAGGUGCAAGCGCAACUUCUAUAACUUGGAUGCCAGAAACCCCGCGGGAUGCUCCCCCUGCUUUUGCUACGGGCACUCGGCCACGUGUGUCAGCGCAGACAACCACAGCGUCUACAACAUCACCUCCACCUUCCAGCAAGGUGCCGAAGGCUGGCGAGGCAUCCACGAAAGUGGCUCCCCAGCCCAGCUCCAGUGGUCCCCACGCCAUUGGGAUGCCUUCAUAGCGGCGAGGACAUCGGAGCCGAUUUACUUCGUGGCACCCGCAAAAUUCCUUGGGAACCAGCAGCUGAGCUACGGCCAGACACUCUCUUUCGAUUACCGCCUGGACCGAGGGGGCCGCCAACCAUCUCCGCACGACGUGAUCCUGGAAGGAGGUGGCCUGAGAGUCACUGCCUCCUUCUUGCCCCAGGAGAAGGUCCUGCCCUGUGGCGUCAGCCAGACGUACACGUUCAGGUUGGACGAGCACCCCGGCAGCAAGUGGAGCCCGAGGCUGAAUCACUUGGAAUAUCGCCGGCUGCUGGGAAACCUGACAGCAAUCUGGAUCAGCCGAGCCACUUUGGGGGAGUACAGCACCGGCUACAUCGACAACGUCACCCUGGUGUCGGCGCAGCCCGUCGCCGGCGUUCCCGCUCCCUGGGUGGAGCGCUGCCAGUGCCCGGCGGGCUACCGGGGCCAGUUCUGUGAGAGCUGUGCCCCUGGCUACCGCAGGGACGUCCCCAGCCUGGGACCUUUCGGCAUCUGCGUGCCCUGCAAUUGCCAGGGGGGAGGAAUUUGCGAUCCUGACACCGGCGAGUGCUACUCGGGAGACGAAAACGUGGGCAAUAGCAUCAGCUGCCCUUUCGGCUUCUACCGAGACCCUCGAGGCUGCAGAACGUGCCCCUGCGGCAACGGCCAAGGCUGCUCCGUGGUGCCGGGCAGUGAGGAGGUCAUCUGUGACCGCUGCCCUCCUGGAGCUGCUGGGGCCAACUGCGAGUACUGUGCUGACGGCUAUUUCGGAGACCCGGAGGCCUCCCAGCCCUGCCGGCCGUGCCACUGCAACGGCAACGUGGAGCCCAACGCCGUGGGCAACUGCGACCGCCGGACGGGCCAGUGCCUCAAGUGCAUCUACCACACCGCCGGAAAAAAAAGGGGCGGCUUCUUCGGGAACCCCCUGGCCCCCGACCCUGCCGACAAGUGCCGAGCCUGUGCCUGUGACUCAGCUGGCGCCGAGCCCCUGAAGUGCGGGAGCGAUGGGAGCUGCAUCUGCAAGCCCGGCUUCGAGGGUCCCAGCUGCGAAGAGAGCAAGUGCCCGGCUUGCUAUGGCCAGGUGAAAGACCAGGUGGACCUGUACCUGCAGCAGCUGGCGGAGCUGGAGCUGCUGUUCUCAGAGGUGCAAGCUGGUGGUGGGGCCGAGAGCCGGGAGCUGGAGAGAAGGAUGCAGCUGGCUGAGGAGAUGCUGCGGGCCAUCCUCGGGGAAGCUCUGAGCCUCCAAGCCUCUGACAGGUCUCUGGAAAGCCGUGUGGCCAGGGUGAAGGGGCAAGGGUCCAGCUCCCAGAGCCGCUUGGACGAGAUCAAGGCAACAGUGGAGAGGCUGAGGUCUCUCGGGAGCCAAUACGAGAGGCAGCAGGUGCAGGCCACCCGGCGGCUGCUGGAGAGGGCCAGGCUGGACCUGCUCCACAGCGGAGCCGCUCUGCGUCGGGUGACCGUUCCCGUUUCAAACCUUCCCGGGGGCUCGAAUCAGUUCUUGAUGUUGGCCCAGGAGGCCCUGAGACUGGCCAACAGCCACGCGCAAGCCGCCAACACCAUUGAGCAGGCGGCCAAGGCGGCGCGGGAAGACGCGCGGCAGGCGCCGGGGUAUGAGGAGCUGAAUUCGUUGGCCGGAGGCCUGAAGGAUGAGGCUGACGGGAUGGCCUCUGAAGCAGAUCAGGCUUAUCAAGGCAGCCUGGUGCUCCUCAACUCCCUGUCCCGCCUGACAAAGACCGACAUCAGCUCCUUUGAGGGGGAAGCAACUCGGCUGAAGGAGGAUGCCAACGCUCUCUUGAGCCUGGUGGACACCUACAUGGCACAGCACAGGCAGCUGCAGAGCCGCACAGGGCGCUGGGAGGAGGAAAUCAAGGAGCUGCUGCGAAGGGGAGAGGGCGAGAGAGCGACGCUGACGCAGCUGCUGUCCCGAGCCAACCUCGCCAGGAGCACAGCCCUGCAAGCCGUGAGCGCUGGCAAUGCCACCUUCUACGAGGUGGAACAGAUCCUGAAGAGCCUCCGGGGGUUUAACCUGCAAGCAGAUGACAAGAGAAGGGAAGCUGAAGAUGCCAUGAGGAGGCUACCGAUUAUCAGCAGCAUGGUUGCAAGUGCCAGGGAGAAGACGGAUAGAGCUGAAGCGAUCCUGGGCAGUGCUGCUUCUGAAUCCAAGGCAGCCAACAGCGCGGCGGGGAAAGCGAAGGAGAUCACCAUGGAGAUCCAGCAGGAGAUUACGCGGCUGAAGGUGGAAGCCAACAAGACAGCUGAUGGUGUCCUCGCCCUGGAGAAGGCUGUGGCCACCCUGCGGCGCGAGGCCAAGGAAGCAGAUGGUGAAUUUGAGAGGAAGCUUUUAGAGGUUGAAGCGGAUGCUGCUGUGAUACAGGAGACAGCUCAGGAAGCUCAGAGUGUCCACGCCAAGGCUGGCCGGGCAGGGGUGGUCGUGCAGGAGACGUUGAGCGCCCUGGAAGAGCUGCUGCGUCUGAUGAACCAACCUGGUGCCGUGGAUGAGGAGGGCCUGAAGCAGCUCGAGAUGAAUUUCAGCAAAGCCAAAACCAGAAGCAACCAGCUGAAGGAUGAGAUGUUGGAGCUGGAGCAGACAGCCACGCUGCAGAAGGCCCGUGUGCGGACGCUGGAGAGCAGCAUUGACGAGAUCCUGGCAGAUAUUAAGAACCUGGAGGAUAUCCGGAGGAGUCUUCCUCCGGGGUGCUACAACACAAAAGCCAUCGAGUUGCCGUGA